AAAGUAUAAUAGAGAGCUAAAUCACUAGUUAGUUUGCUGCCUGGAUUCCAUUUUCUGUGGCUCAGACCGUAUCAAAAUCCAGAAAGAGAAUGACGUUCUCUCCAGUCGUGGGGUUCCGGCUCAUGAAAAUGGCGGGUGAGAAUGGGACUUACACCAGUCGGUCGUGCUAGAUUCUUCCCCGCUUCUCUUUCUUACCGAGCCGCUCCAGUACUGGAGAGGAACUGAUCUCCAUCUUUAUCCCAUCUUUGCAAUGCACAUUUUUGUUUUGUUUUAAAUUUUGUUUGAAGUUACAGUGCCCAUCAUGUCCACUUAUAAAAGCAGGGCUCGCCGAAGGAGGAAUCAGAGCGACCAUAUCAGCAGUUUCUCGCUGGAGGAGGAAUCAGAGCGACCACAUAAGGAGAAGCAGCAGCAAGAGGAGGAGCAAUUAACUGAUUCUGGGGCUGCACAGGACAAGGGCCAUGAUCUACAAACUCUUGUCAGAAGGUUCUGGAAAGUGGCGACUCCUUACUGGUCGUCGGAUGACAGAGUUCAAGCAAGAUUACGGCUUGCUGCUGUUUUUGCUCUCACCUUGGCUACCACUGGUAUCAGUGUGGGCUUCAAUUUCCUUGGGCGAGACUUCUAUAAUGCACUUGCCAGUAGGUUCAUACAAGGACCAAGUGCAAUUCAAGAAGCAGCUACUUUAUUACUUGGGUGGCUUUGCUGGAGGAAUCCCGGUGAGCACGUUCAUGGGCUUUCUGUUUUUUGCAUUGAGAGAUUAUGCAAUAGAAACUCUUUCUUUGAGAUGGAGGUGUUGGAUGACAACCUAUUAUAUGGAACGCUAUUUCAAGGAUCAGACUUUCUAUAAGAUUCAGUCACAAUCUUCCCUUGAUAAUCCAGACCAGCGACUUGUUGAUGAUGUGAAUUCUUUCACUACAACAGCUCUCUCAUUCUUUCUGACUCUCUUUAAUGCUGCUGUAGACUUAAUCUCAUUCAGUAACAUCUUGUAUUACAUCUAUCCUCCUCUCUUUGUUGUUCUUCUCAUAUACUCCAUCGGUGGGACAGCUAUCAGUGUUUUCCUUGGAAAGGGAUUGAUGACUUUAAAUUUAUUGCAAGAGAAAAAAGAAGCCGAUUUUCGUUAUGGGCUUGUAAGGAUUCGAGAAAAUGCAGAAUCAAUUGCUUUCUAUGGCGGUGAAGAAAGUGAAAUGCAAAUUCUUCUGCUCAGCUUCAAAAGUGCCUUCGAAAAUCUAACUCAAUUGCUGAUCUCUUCUAGAAAUCUGCAGUUCUUUACAAAAGGCUACCGCUAUCUUAUUCAAAUUCUUCCUGCUUCCAUUGUAGCGCCCAUGUAUUUUGCAGGAAAAAUUGAGAUUGGUGUGAUCAAUCAGUCAAUCUCUGCUUUUAAUCACAUCCUUGAGGACUUUUCCCUUGUUGUGUUCAAGUUUCAAGCUAUAAGUGCAUUUUCUGCUGUUAUUAAUCGGCUUGGUGAGUUUGAUGAUGUCUUGGACAGAAGCAGCAUCUCUAAUUUACACUCCAAUACCUUGGAAGAGAUAUUGGUUACUUACAAAUGUUCAAAGAGAUCAUCUAUAUUGGAAUCCAAUGGAUUGUUGAACCCCGUAGAAAAAACUGAGACAUUAUUGGAUGUAAAAAACUUGACCUUGAAUACACCAAGUGGAGCCACACUUAUCAGAGAGCUAUCAUUAACAAUCAAGGAAAAGGAUCAUUUACUGAUAAUUGGACCAAGUGGAAGUGGCAAGACUUCUUUGUUAAGAGCUUUGGCUGGUCUAUGGAACACUGGAACUGGAAAAAUCUCAUAUUAUGAGAAAAAUGGAGGAGAUUCUCAGCAACCUGUUUGUUCAGAUGUGAAUGCUCCUACGGUAAAUACUGCCCAUGGUGCGUGUGAAAUACAUGGAAAAUCUAUGGACAAAGACUCUCAAAUUUUCUUCCUUCCUCAAAGGCCAUAUAUGAUUUUGGGCACCCUCCGUCAACAAUUACUCUAUCCAACUUGGGCUGACAAUGCGAUCCCUGCAUAUGAUAGUGGUAAAUCCAAAAGCAUGCUUCCUUUUUUCAUGAAAUCGUCAAACUAUGGAGACAAAAAUGAAGGACCUAGGUAUCCAACGUCAGAUGAGUUGACAACGGUCUUGGAGGAUGUUCGCCUUGGCUAUUUGUUUGCUCGUUUCAGCUUGGAUUCCAUCCAUGAAUGGUCAAGUGUUCUCUCUCUGGGUGAGCAGCAAAGGCUUGCUUUUGCUCGCAUUUUGCUUUCAAAACCUAGGUUGGUUUUAUUGGAUGAAUCCACAAGUGCACUUGAUGAACCCAAUGAGUUUCAUUUGUACCAGAAGAUUGGAGCAGCAGGUAUAACAUACAUCAGUGUUGGCCACCGACAAACCUUAUGCGGCUACCACAACAGGAUCUUGCGCAUAUCUACAAUGAAUAUCAAUAGUGAAGAGCCAGAUUGGUGCAUUGAAUCCAUUAGAUGACUAUCGUGAUUUUUCAGAGCCAUGAUUGUAGCCGGCUUCAAAAUUAAUUGCCUUGUUUGGAUGCUGAGUUGUCAGGAAAGAAGUCCCUAGGCCCCUCCCUUUGGAGCUAAAAGAUCUCUCUACCAGCUCAAAAACUGUACAGAGUAACCGAGGACACGCGAAAAACAAAGGCCUUUCAGAAAUUUAUAGCCAAGAUUGUUGAGGUAAGAAGCAGAUCCAGAUGAUGAUUACCCCACGUACAAGGGACCAUUACCGCCAUUGGCAAGCACAACAUUUAAUGAACCAUUGGAAGGUUUGAACCCAUUUCCACUGUGGUGUGCUCUCAACAUUGUUGAAUGUCCAUUGCUAUAAUAUUUUCCGUUACUUAACUUAUUAGCGUGGCCAAGGCUUGGUGGUAGAACUGUCCUUGGUUCACAUGCUGCUGUUAUUAACCCUGUUUCACAGAAAGACGUUUAGUUUACAGAAAGCCAAUCUUGCUCUGAGGAGAAACAAAGGUCAAGUAUGGUGCAAUGGAAAGGUAUUUAAGGGAACGAGGAUAGGAAAGGUUUCAAAAGAUUAUGUCAAUGCCAAUUUAACAUUCCAUUGAUUUUUUAGUAUCACUUUAUUACUAGGGAAUGCGAAUAUGUUUCAAACCCAUUGAAUAAUCAGUCCUCAAAAGUUUGAAGACUAACAUUUGAGUAACUCUACAAGGAUGAAAUUGAAACAGAACCAUACCAUACAGCAUUAAAAAUUUAAAAUGAUAAAACACACACACACACACACACACACACAUCUAGAUUUCACCAUUUUUAGAACGAAAAUAGGGUCACUGUCUUUUUUUCCAUAACACUUGUUCGCUCACCUUUUUAAGCACAUCUAUAAAAGAUCAAUAUCGUUGAUGGAACAUGAGAUCACAAGAGGAAAGUUCUUAAGCAGAGACUGUUUAUGAAAGAUUUGUAGACCGAUAAAAAUUAUGAAUAGCCUUGUCAGACAAACUUUUUAUGGGACCCUACAUUGACAUGCUUACGUAUUUGUUUAUAAUUGACUUAAUCUACCAAUCGUUUUGUAGGCCAAGUCUGCCCAAGUCAAUAUGCCAGAACAAUCAUCUCAGACUAAAAUUACAGGAAAAACAAUCUGAGUCCUUUAAAGUUGUUGCAUUAUCAUUUUAGUCAAUUCAUGAAAUGAUUCAACGAUGCACCAUUGAGACAUGCAAGUGCACUAUCAUACCGGAAUUUAUAUAGGAUUAGCAGGAAGACUCGAUCAACAAAGACUAAGAGAAAAACUGAAGCUUUUAGCCAAGCAUGGAACUUCCAUUUUACACAGGUUUGUUGCCUAGGCAAUGCAUCUAAAUGUAUGCUUCAGCCCAAUUGAAGGGCAUGAAUAAAAUAGCCAUAUGAUAUGGAAGAAGACCA